AUGAAUCCUAAAAGAUGUGCUGCUUGCAAAUAUCUGAGAAGAAGAUGUCCAAAAGAUUGCAUUUUCUCACCUUAUUUCCCUCCAAGUGACCCUGAUAAAUUUGCAUGUAUCCACAGAAUCUACGGUGCUGGCAACGUUUCCAAAAUGCUUCAGCAACUUCCUGUUCAGACAAGAGCUGAAGCAGUUGAAUCUUUGUCCUUUGAAGCAAAAUGCAGAGUAGAUGAUCCUGUUUAUGGAUGUGUUGGGAUUAUUUCUUUACUCCAAACCCAAAUUCAGAAUACUCAAGCUCUUUUGGCCAAAACUCAAGCCGAGAUUGCUGUUGCUCAAAACAAACAGAACCAAUAAUCACAAAAUCUCUGAAUUUAUGUAAUUUCUCAGUUUCUAUCUAUAAUUUUUCCAAAUAAAAUCGCUUCUUUUAAUCUCUCUU